CUCGUUCCUUUAUUUAAACAGUAUAAUUUAACUUUUGUUAAAAAGAAUUAAUCGUAAAAUAAGAACACAAUUACAUUUUUUAUUUUUAUCAUUGUUAGACAAUUGUACAAUUAAGUUCUAUUUUAUCUCAUAACCUCACGCGUUUAAAUUGACAACAAUACAAGAUUUGUUUCUAAAUAAAUAUGUUUUAAAUAAUCUUAUGUUGUUUUUCAUUGUAAUACUAUUUUUAAUGUAUAAAUUAUCGAUUUAAAAGUAAAAUAAAUUAUCGAUAGAAUUUUAGAUGACAUAGACUUAUUUGUACAAGAUGGGAAAGAAAAGGAAUGUUCCACCACCGGUUGCACCAAUUCCUGGGCGUGUGAAAAUAGAAAUUAAAGAUGAAUUGGGAGAUAGCGAUGUAUUAGUUGCAAGAGAUCGCUUAAAAGGAGCCCUCAGGGAGCUUCUGCAACAUAGUGAUACGGGAUCAUCAGGAGAUUCUAGUGAAGAAAGUUCCGCACAAGAUUAUAAGCAUCAAAUGAAGAAAAUUGAUAACAUGUAUAGGACAAAAACACUGAGUUUCCAGCAGCCAAGAAAAGUCAGACGUAGAAGACAAAUACCCUUGGACACAUCAUUCCAUCAUACUUAUGUAAUGAAAUUAUUUGAUCGGAGCGUUGAUUUGGCACAGUUUCAAGAGGACACACCACUUUAUCCCAUAUGUAGAGCUUGGAUGGCUAAUCAACCCCGGAAUCCUAAUCUUGUUCCAAAAGUGCGUAGCCCAAGUCCAGAAAUAGUAAAUGAAGUUAAUAUAAGUAACAAUAUACUGGAUACUAAUGGAGAAGUUCGUGAUGUAUAUUAUUUGCCACCUCCAUUGCCUUGUGAAGAAGCAAUACCUAGGAACCGUAUACCUUCACCAAUACCCAGAGAAAAGGAAGAGUUGAAUUUAGAUUAUGACGGACAGUGUCUGAAAUCACGAGAAACAUUGUUAAGAGAACAUAGAACACAUUGGAAUGCGGUACGUAAAAAGUGGCAUCAACAAGCUCACAAGAAUGAACAACGUUUUGUACAGAGUGCAAAUAUACUGAAUACUAUUUUUAAAAGGGCACAAUCAGAAUUCGAGUAGUUCAUCCACAUCAGUAUUGAUCAGUUUCCCAAAAUCUGUAUUUGAUUGGUAUAGAAUGUACUUGUCGUUUUUCUACACACGAUUUAUUUUAUACCCUUAAUUAUAUCUGCUAUAUGCUACUUGUAGAAAUAUAUCUUUUUGUUACAAUAUAAUUAAUAUAGCGCAAUUAUAUUUUAAGUUGUUAGCGUAGUAAAGGAAUCACAUGGCGGGUAAAAAGUCUGUCCAAUAAAAUUUCUUCUAAAAUAUUGAUAUGAUUCAAGUCGAAAGAUAUUACUACCAAUCAUAAAGUCUGGUUGAAAAUGUCAAGACAGUCAAGGAAUACUAAAGAAAAAAAAAAUUUGAUAUCUCUGGUAAGUUUAAGAAAUUGUUCGGCAAAUUAAAUUAACAUUUCGAAUGAGAUAACGAUGAACGAUGACUUCUCCUAAUCGAAGAUCUUUAGGAACCCAAUUGAGACUUCAUCCAAAACUUCCUGAAACUUUUUUUUCCAUACUGCAUUUGUCCGUAAAUAUUUCAUUGUAGAGCUUAAUUAUUUUAUUAAUGGUUUAGCGAAGUACUAAUCCAAUGAUUUCCUAAUGAUGCCCUUAUACUCGAGAACCAAACAUAUUAGAAUCAUUGUCGCAUGAAGAUCGCAAGAAUUUAUUCUCCCCUGUAGACUAGGAACUUGAGUAUUUUGAUAACUGAUACAUGUAGUAUUAUACUAUCGAUCAUCUUCAUACAUUAAAAUUAGAAGAAUAAAGUGAACUAUCUAAAAACUGCGUUUUAUUUAGAAUAAUCCUGAUUCAACAGACAAGCUUCAUUUAAAUCUAUAUUCAUUUAAAGAACAAUAUUCUUUUCCUGAAUAGUUAUUAUCAAUCGUUAUAAACAAUUAUGACUAUAGACAAAGAUUCGGGAUGUAACAAUUUAUAAAUAUACUUAUAUACAAUUAUGUUUGAUUCUCGAUACCAAUUGCGAUUCACUGACAACAGAUUUUUAGUAAAUAUACCGAUAAAAUUAUUUAUCUACGAUGAAUAUACUAUAAGGAAUAAAUAACAAACUUCCAUUACAUUACCAUUAUUCUUAAUCAAUUGAAAUGCUACUUAUAAAUAUUUUUAUCACGGGUAUAAAAAGGAACUUGGAAUAAUUUUCCAUAGCUCGAAUAUUAAGAGAGGCAGCUUUUAGUAUACUGUUACGAAGAAUUAAGAUAUAUAAAUUCUUUAAAUGUCACUUGAUCGAUUUCGUUACCAAACAACUUUUGGAGAAGAGAAUCUAAUGCCAGGAAAAAGGACAAAACGAAUAAUGUUGAAGGCUUGAGAAUUACAAGCUUUUUAUUUUCCGUUGAUUGACAGUCGUAGCUUACAGCACGCACUUUCAACAAGAUGAAUUUUUCAUUUGAUUGAUAAAUCGUUCGAAUAUAUUCUCAGACUCGAAGAAAAAUGUUCCGACAUGAUGAUCCGCCAGAGCGAUUGUAAUUUUCAAGACUUCUUAUCUUUACGUAUCGUGAUCCUCGUAUACUACUAAGACGUUCCUUUCAUAUAAAAUGUAGCUAAGAAAUAAAUAACAUAAGUUAAAUCAUUUACUUUCAUAGUUAAUGUUGUAUACGAUCUUCGCUGUUUGAUCUGUAUGCUGUACUAUUAUCAUCAUCCCCCACAGUAACAAAUAUCUGUUGCAGCCAACAGUUCUAGUUCUCGAUAUACAGCGUCCAGAAGUGAUUCUUAUGAGAGGGACGAUAUAAACUUCCCCCAACUAAAAAGGACAUCGGACUACUAUACGUCUAGUUGCUUUACAGCUGAGGGAGCGACUUGUUCUCUGCAGCAAGAAUCGCUGUUGGAUGAUGCACGUUAUGAAUCGUAGGAAAUGUUUCUUAUUCGACAGUCUCGACAUUGCGCGGCCGGAAGAUUUCUCGUGGUCGUGGAAGUACAACUUGAUCGAAUUUCAUUAAAGACUAAAUUGCACAUCGUACAGUUCACUUGUCUGUAAGGGACAGCUCCAACACUUGCCGGAACGUUUCUUCUUCCAGCAACCGUCGUUGCUCCUCUUCAAGUUGUUGUUGCUCGGACAAUCUUAAUGCUAGUCUCAAUUGUUCCGCUGUGUCCUCGAGUGCGUCCGGAUCCUCUGUGUCGCUGGUUCUGUUCGCGUUAGUCCGACCGCUCGCACAUGCAGCAGCACUCUCCUGGUACAGCGCCAGGCUUGCCUGAAUAGCUCUGCAUUAAACGAGAGAUAAAGUGUUUAUUGUAGUGUUCGUUAAAGGACAGUUUCUAAACACUGUUAUUCUAGGGCACGUCAGUGUGUACAAAAGAUCUAGGUUCUGGCUAAGCGCUCAAAAAAAUAGGAUUUCUAAACAAAUUCAGAGAGCUAUUUCUCUUCUAACGCGGUCCGAUCGUCUUCUUGCAUUUCAUGCAAGAAUGUGUGUGCUUGUAGAAAUUUAUCUAAACGAGGACUAAGAAAAUACAUCUUUGGAUGUUCCUCCGAACAAUCGUAAUGUUCAACCAACGUUUGUAACAGGUAUCCUCCACCCACCUUCCUGAAUAUGAAUUGUCGAGCAAGGAAAGAACACAUGCAAAAUAAAUCGUUUAGAACUUUUCAAAUGAAACCAAGGUAUCCGAAACGACAUUCUCGCGAGUGGAAUUGGCUCUCGUACCUUUGAAGUUGCCUUUCCUCCUCCGCGGUCAUGUUUGGUGUUGUUGGUCGGGAUGGUUUCUGGGCUCUUAAAGCUUCCCAUAUGUCAACCUUAAUUUUAAUCGAUUCAAGGAUUAGAAUGCGUUCGAAUAAAAAUACAAUGAAUUGAUAUAUACAUAUAUCUGUAUACCUCGUCACGUUCACUUCC